UAUAAAUAGCAACAUUUCUCAAGAAAUUGGUAUCAGUUCAUUCUCUUUGAAUUUCAAGUCAACACAGACCUCCUUUUCAAAAAAAUCAAUCAAAAUGUUCAAGUUGGUGGUGUUGUCUGUUCUCCUUGCUGUAGCUGCUGCCCGUCCAGGACUCAUUGGAUCCCCAGUUGUAUACUCUUCUCCAAUUGUCCAAGAACAUGGUGUAGCUCAUGUCGGUAACGUGGUCAAGAGUGUCCCAACUGCUGUCUCCCAUCAAAGCUCAACUGUUGUCCACAACUCAGCCAAUGUUGUUGAACCAAUUGUUGCCCCAGUUGUCAAGACCUACGCUGCUGCUCCAGUCCAUGCUCCAUUGGUCCAAACCUAUGCUGCUGCUGCCCCAGUUGUGAGCUCUUAUUCUGCUGUUGCUCCAGCACACAUCAGUUAUGCCGCUGCUCCAGCUCAUAUCAGCUAUGCCGCUGCUCCAGCUCACAUCAGUUACGCUGCUGCUGCUCCAGUUGCAUACGCCAGCGCAUGGUAAUUCCAAUAAUGUUCCUGAUCGGGUAGUUGGACAUGAAAUCUACUUCCCUUUUACCCAAUAUUCCUACAAGCAUUAUGUACAUAAUAAAACCGUAUCUUAGCUGCAAUGAUUUAAAUAAAAACCAGAACUGUCUCCAAUAAAAU